GGAACCAACUUCCAAAAAAUGGCUAGUUUUUCCAACAGAGACAUGUUCGAAACAGACAGGCCCCAUUUUUUCAAAGUAAUUCUUGAUGAAACCAUUCACGACAAGAAGCUUGGAAUUCCUAGGAGGUUUGUAAGAAAAUAUGGCAAAGAUCUGUCAAGUCCUGUUGUCCUUGAAGUACCAAGUGGAAGAACAUGGCAAGUGGAGCUUAAGAAAUGGGAUGAUGAGAUUUGGUUACAAAAUGGUUGGCAAGAAUUUCUGGAGUAUUACUCUCUAACACAUGGAUUCUUCUUAGUGUUUGAAUAUACUAAGAGAAAUUGCCAUUUCAAUGUCAUCAUAUUUGACAAGAGUGCAUCUGAGAUAGAUUAUCCCAUCAACGUCGUCACUAAUGGAGAUUUCCUGGAAGGAAUACAAGAGCCAAAGAUUAUUCAAGAAACUGCAAGAGAUUCUUCUGCUGAAACCUUGGAAGACUUCAUGCCAUGCAGAAAAAGAAAAGAGAAAUCACCAUUGCCAUCCCCACUGCCUCACAAGAUGAUGAAGGUUGAGAAUCCCACAGGAAACACAGCUUUGCAUUUUCCUGGAAAACAAGAUGAAGGAAAGAGAGUCGACGGAGAAAUUUCUGGUCAGAAACAAACGUCAGAUACGAUUGUUCUGAGGAAAAAACCUCUGAAAGCUAAAGAAAAAAAUGAAGCUCUUCGUAGAGCUAGCACUAACUUCAAAUCUAAAAAUCCUUUUUUCCUGGUUGCAAUGCAGCCAUCUUAUGUUCAUCCAGCUGUAAAAUUGAAUAUACAAGCAAGAUUUGCCGUGAAAUAUUUCCCCAAGAAGCGGCAAAGUGGCGAUGCCACACUGCAUGGCUUGGAUGGGAGAAGUUGGCCUGUUAAAUUCUAUUUAUAUAAUAGAGCAUGCAAUGAGAAAAGAAUGGCAAAAAUUAGUCAGGGCUGGAGGAACUUUGCCAAAGACAAUCACUUGGAAGUUGGAGAUGUCUGUGCCUUUGAACUGAUCAUGAUCAAGAGUUCUAAAGCUACGUUUCAAGUUACCAUUUUUCGACACCACCGAGGCAAAAAGCAGAAACUAAAAGAUGAAGAAAGCAAUUCUCCUGAAGCCAUUGAAGCUGCCAAGAGUUUCACCUCAGUGCAUCCAUUUUUCAAAGUGGUUAUUUCGCCUGGCUCUGUGGAGAAUUCCAACAUGUGUGUGCCUAUGAAGUUUAUCAGCAACAUGAAGCAAAGCACAGAGAAAGUGAAGUUGCAGAUUGAGAAUAGAUGGUGGCUUGUGAAGCUGAAUUUAUAUCCACAACUUGGCAAAGGAAAAUUUACUGAUGGAUGGAGUGCUUUUGUUAGGGGAAAUUCACUGAAAGUGGGAGAUGUUUGCAUCUUUGAGCUGAAUAACAGUGAGAAUUUGCAGCUAAAAGUCACCAUUUUCAGAAAUGUCAAGUAACUUGUUGUUCCAGUUGCUGUGUUAGUUGGAAAGGUUCAGGAGAGUGUUGUUGUGUUGUGGAAUUACACUUAUUUUACUCUUCUUGGAAGGUUUAGUGGCAGUAAGCUGGAAAGUUUAGUAGGUUUUUUGUGAUAAUUAAGGGCAGUGAUCCACUCAGUGAACUCCUCCAACAAAUGUGUGG